AUGGUCGACCUACGCCGUAGCCUCGCUAUCGCGUUGAUCGCCACGCCUGCUUUCGCCCAGCAACUCACACUUCAUUCUCCAUCGUCCGUAAUUCAAUGCCAGCAAACGCUCUUCACCUGGGAUGGCGGGAUCCCGCCUUACGAUCUCCAACUUUCCUCCAGCAGCGCGUCCUCAAUUCAGCACGAGGAAUGGCAGGUCGACGCAACGCAGCAGAGAAUUACUGUGGACUUUCCCUCCGGCACUGUCAUCAAAGUGGCUCUUGCGGACGGAUCGGGGCUGACGACCAGCAUCGUCUUCACGGUCCAGCCGAACGAC